AUGGCUUGGUUCUCCUCUGUGUUAGGGAAGGGUAUGAUCUGUGAAUCAGAAUACCGACACCUGCCCAUCGACGAGGAUCAUGCCACGGAUGCCUCGUCACGAAAAGCAUUUAUACCAUGGUGGCGGACAAAAUGGGCUCUAUUCUUGGCCACAGUGCUGUCUCUCUCUAUAAUCAUUGUACUUGCCUUCCUACCCUCAUACAUCUCAAGAGGAUUUCAAGUCACAAAUGCACCCUCCCCAAAGUACCAGCAUUGUGGAAACAGUACCACUGUUGCAAGGUCUCGCGGUUGUCAAUUCGAUCUUGUAACAUACGCCUGGUUACCCGCCUCCUGCAUUGAGCAGGAGACUUUGGCCGAAUUUCGCAACUGGCUCGAAGGCUCGGAGCGAGCAUUUGGCAGCUGGCCAUUCUUUGCCGACCGAGAAGGGAACGAGCGUAUCGCCGACGAACAAGCCUUGUCGGAGAGGGUGGGGGUGCCAACUCACUCUCCCCAGGAGGAGCAUUUAGGGCACUGCAUUUUCCUAUGGCGCCGGCUGGCACGCAUGGCCUCUACAGGGCCGGUGCUAGAUAUCGGGUUAGGCCAUGUGCACCAUUGCACUGAGCACUUACUGGACCGGCUACGGGGAGCAAAUCCACUGGAUUCAGAGCGGCCCCAUUCGGUUUUUGAGGUCGGAUUGGGCGGAUGCAUAACAGACUAA